AAUUUGUUUUCUCUGCUAUUUUACUUUAGAUCAGCAAAAUGGGUGUUGGUCGUCGCAUGAAAAAACAAGGGCCUCCUCCUCCAUUGGAUGAGGCUACCAUUUCAUUAAUCAAAAAAAGAAAGGCUGCUGAAGCUGGAGCAAAAGCAGAUGGCGGGAAAAAACGACGAAAGGCAGUAGCAGAAUCCGAACCAGAGCCUGAGCCUGAGACCCAGAAGGUCAAGACUAAGGGAGACAAGACGAAAUCUAAUGGUGUCACGGUCAAUGGCAAAAAUGGCAAAGAACAGAAAUCAGCCGUUGUCGCAACGCCCAAGAAAACUCCUACAAAGGCUGAGAAAAGCAAGAAGUCAGCAAAGAAGGUUUCUGAGCCCGAACCGGCGUCUGAAGAUGACGAUGACGACGAAAGCUGGGGCAGCGGCAGUGCUCCUGAUCUCGACGAAUUAAUGCAGGACGAAUUCGGCGACUUGGACGACGUGAGUGAUACAUCUGGAGGAAGCGAUGUCGCGGAUGGGAAAUUCGACGAAGGGUCGGUAUUCGACUCGGAAGAGGAAGAUCACCCUCGAGAAAAGAUGUUUUCAGAUGACGAAGAUGAAUCAGAUGCUGAAGAAAAGCUCACGGCAGCGAAUAUUGAGGGUUUAUCCCGAAAACUCGACGAACAACGCCAAAUGGAGGAAGAAGAGGCUAGGCAGGAAAUGCAAGACUCGGCACUGCAGACAAAUAUCGCUGGCGAACGUCCCGAUAUCUUUGGCGAUGCGGAUACGGCAGCGAAAGCAGGUAUUGCGCCGAAUAUGCAACUUCUUCGAACUCGCAUUACAGAUACCCUAAGAGUGUUGGGUGAUUUGGCAACCCUUGGACAACCUGGCCAGUCCCGCGCAGACUAUAUGCAGCUUCUGCUAGACGAUAUCUGCACAUAUUAUGGUUAUACGCCAUAUCUGGCCGAAAAGCUCAUGUCACUUUUCACUCCUAUGGAAGCGUUUGCCUUCUUCGAGGCCAACGAAAUUCCUCGUCCGGUGGUCAUUCGUACCAAUACUCUGCGCACCAACCGUCGUACACUUGCACAAGCCCUGAUCAAUCGAGGUGUGGUCUUGCAACCAGUCGGCAAAUGGUCUAAAGUCGGGUUACAAGUCUUUGAGUCUGCCGUUCCUCUUGGUGCUACCCCCGAAUAUCUUGCAGGACACUACAUUCUCCAAGCUGCGUCAUCUUUCCUUCCCGUUAUGGCUCUCGCUCCACAAGAAAAUGAGCGAGUACUAGAUAUGGCUUCCGCUCCCGGUGGUAAGACGACAUAUAUCUCAGCUUUGAUGCGCAACACCGGUAUUGUCGUGGCCAACGAUGCCAGCAAAGCCCGUACUAAGGGUUUGAUUGGUAACAUCCAUCGUCUUGGUUGCAAGAAUACUAUCGUCUGCAACUAUAAUGCUCAAGAGGCUUUCCCAAAGAUUCUCGGUGGCUUUGACCGAGUCCUGCUUGACGCUCCAUGUACCGGUACCGGCGUUAUAUCGAAGGAUCCUAGUGUGAAGACGAACAAGACAGAACGCGAUUUCCUGGCUAUUCCCCAUCUGCAACGACAACUUCUGCUUGCUGCCAUCGACUCGACGGACCAUCACUCCAAGACGGGCGGUUACAUUGUGUAUUCGACAUGUAGUGUCACUGUUGAAGAGAAUGAACAGGUUGUUCAGUAUGUCCUACGCAAACGCCCGAAUGUCAAGAUCGUGGACACCGGUCUUGGAAGCUUCGGUUCAGAGGGCUUCACAAGCUACAUGGGUAAGAAGUUCGACGAGAAAAUGACUUUGACUAGACGCUAUUUCCCACACAGGGAGAACGUCGACGGUUUCUUCGUCUGUAAACUGAAGAAGACUGGUCCCAGUCCCGGUGCCAGCAAAAAGAAUGGCGUUGUCGCUGAUGAAACUGGAGACACGAAAUCCAACAAAUCGGCAUCAGAGGCGGGUGAUAACGAUGCUGAGAUCAUUGAUAAAACACCUAUCAUGGAUGAGAACGGCAACGCUAUCGGAGAAGAUGCCUUUGGUCCUUUCGAGGAGGAAGAGGAUGCGGAAAUCAUUGCCCGUGCUGAACGUAACCGGCUCAGGAGGAAGGGUAUCAACCCAAAGGCCGUCUUGGAGAAGGCAAGGAAAGAUGGAAACAAAGCAAAGAAACAGGACUCCACUUCUGAUUCUGCAUCAGAAAAGGAGCCAUCUAUAGAAGAGCAGGGUACAGAAAAGAAGAAGGGUUCCAAGAAGGAAAAAAAGUCUACUGAAGCCCAGGAAGAGAAAUCAGCCGUAGAUGCUACUGCUGCUGCUGCUGCUGCUUCUUCUUCACCUUCAUCAACGAAAUCGAAGAAGACCAAAAAGUCAAAGAAGUAG